AUCAUUUCAGUCCCGAUUCUCAAUUACUGCUCCGCUCCCCCCUCUCUCUCUCUCUCUCGCCCCCGGCAUCCCCCAAAUCGAGAGCACUCCACGCCGGCCUAGGGUUUCCUCCCUCCGUCCCACCGGCGCCGGCUCCGUCGCGGCGGACUCUCCCUGCCGCCGCGCGUACCGGUUGCUCGUUUCCCCUCCCCGCUGCCACCCGGGCCCCACGGAGGAAGCCGCCGAUCGGCCGUCGCCUGCCUGCCUGCCGGUUCGAUCCCUUCCCCAGGCCACCGGAGGCGUACGCGAGCGGCGUGGUCGCUGCACACGCCUUCCGCGUGGCUUCUGCAGUAGGUUAUAUUCUGGAAAAGAAAAUUUCUAAGUGGAGUUGACCACAAAGCACCUUUAGAGCUUUCUGCUUUUAUUGCUUCCAUGGCGACCAACGAGAACCUCCCACCAAAUGUCAUCAGGCAAUUAGCUAAAGAACUGAAGAAUCUUGAUGAAUCACCUCCAGAAGGGAUUAAAGUUAUUGUCAAUGAUGAUGAUUUCACCACCAUUUUUGCUGACAUCGAAGGCCCUGCUGGAACUCCAUAUGAGACUGGAGUAUUCCGGAUGAAGCUACUGUUGUCUCGAGACUUCCCUCACUCUCCCCCAAAAGGAUUCUUCUCGACAAAAAUAUUCCAUCCAAACAUAGCAACCAGUGGUGAGAUAUGUGUGAACACAUUGAAAAAGGAUUGGAACCCUAGUCUUGGAUUAAGACAUGUCCUGCUGGUAGUCAGAUGCCUUCUGAUUGAACCAUUCCCUGAAUCUGCCCUUAACGAGCAAGCUGGAAAGAUGUUGCUUGAAAACUAUGAGGAGUAUGCACGCCUUGCAAGGUUAUAUACUGGCAUCCAUGCACAUAAACCUAAGAAUAGGUCCAAGACUGGAGCUAUUUCUGAGUCAACCACAGCUCUAAAUGUUGAUCAAACUAAUAACGCUACUUCUCUGAGCGAGAACGCAGCAUCAGCACCUGCAGUGGUAUCUACCUCCUCUGCAACCAAAAUUCUUGUCUCACAGGAUCAGAAUGCUGCUCCUUCUGAUCAUGUUGUAGGAGCAUCAGCACCGCCCAAGAAGGAUGGGCUGCUUGCUGCCAGAAUUCCAGUUGAGAAGAAGAAGAUGGACGCCAGGAAGAAGAGCUUGAAGAGGUUAUAAGCGGAUCCUGGAUACUGUUGAAGCGGUUGGUGGUAGUUAGGAAAUUUAAUUUCCUUCAUAAGUGCCAACAUUCAACAGAUGCAUAGUGGAGCUGAAUAAAUAACCCCAAGAAGCAUCUGAUGUACUGGCGGUUGGGGCAAGGACGAUGCCUGUGCCCCCAGUCUUUAAAACGAGACGAAUGAGAGUGUUGUAGAAGGAUGAUGCUUGUUGGAAUAAACUGUCUGUGCAAUGCAAUGCCAAAUAUUUGGACGAAUAGUUGUCUUUCCUGUUGAUUCUGCACUAAGUUCUGUCAGUCUUAAAA